AUUUAUUUUUCUUACCAACUGUCUUUGGUCGUUAUUUUAUUUGUAAAUAAAAGAAAACGUUUAUAGGUUAUGAUUGAAGUUAUUAAAUGUUCAAAAGAUGCAUAACAUUGGUCGUUUUGCAUUAAAAAAUGCCUUCCAAAGUUCCUGUGUGCAUAGGGUUUACUUAUCAACAAUGAAAGAAAAGAAAGUGUUAGUUAACGGAAUCAACAUAAACUAUUUGAAAGUUGGUAGUGGUCCUAAGGCUGUUUUGUGUCUUCCAGGAGCAUUAGGAUCAAUAUGGACGGACUUCAAGCCUCAGAUUGAGAACCUGAGCAAGUCCAAGUUCACCCUCGUGGCCUGGGACCCGCCGGGCUACGGCAAGAGCCGGCCCCCUAAUCGCGACUUCUCGCCAGACUUCUUCCGUCGGGACGCCGGCUUAGCUGCGGCACUCAUGAAGGAGUUAGGGCUGGACAGAUUCUCCCUGCUGGGCUGGAGCGACGGAGGCAUCACCGCCUUGGUCCUGGCCGGCACGGAGCCGCAACUCGUGGACAAGAUGGUGGUGGUCGGUGCCAAUGCCUACAUAGUCGAAGAGGAGCUUAAAAUGUACGAAAGUAUCCGAGACAUAAGCAAGUGGUCAGAGCGGAUGAGGGCGCCGAUGAUCGCCCUGUACGGGGAGAAGUACUUCAGAAGCACGUGGAGCCAGUGGGUGGACGCCUUCGUGUCCUUGUACGAGCAAAACGCCGGGGACAUCUGCAAGGACGUCCUGCCCCUGAUCAGGUGCCCCACGCUCGUGGUGCACGGCAAGGAGGACGCGAUGGUGGCUGCAGAGCACCCCCACUACCUGGCUGCCAACAUCAGAGGAGCCAGGCUACACAUUUUUGAGCAUGGGAAGCACAACUUGCAUUUGAAGUUUUCUACAGAGUUCAACAGUUUGUUUGAAGAAUUUUUAGAUUCCUGACCAACACUGCUGCUUCAUGAUGAAGUCUUCGUCCUUCUCCAUGACGUGCUCGACUCGUAAGAGGAUAGUCCCGUUUCUCCAAGGCUCCAGCGUCAACAGGUGAACAUUCUCAGGAAGAGAAUUUUUUAGCCCUUUGACCUGUUGCAAUAAACAUAAUGCUUUUAAUGUACAAACAUAUUCCAUUUAAGCAAAACAUGUACGGUUUCUUUAUUUAGUUAAAAUAAUUUUACAUAUUUUGUUUGUGUUUCAAAUUGUAACAAAUUAUUUUACUAAGUCAGAUAUAAUAUUGUUCAUAAAUAUUUUUCCUUCAACUUUAACAAAGAAAAUUUUUUGUUUUGCUCAUGUAACUGUUCCUUUGACAGCAUGUAUGAAGAUCUUUUUAAUCUGUUAACAGCUUAAGGGGACUGCCAUAAUAUUAGUUUGUUUUGGACUACAUGGACUUUUUCUUGGCGUGUAUUAAUAAGUGGGUUUGAAUUUAAUCUUGAGCCCUUCCCUCAUCGGAUGAGCAAAACACUCCAGUUAUUACGUUAUGAAGUCUGGUUUUCUUGUGGAGGAUGACACCCCUCAACGUCCAUGUUUUUACAAAUAAUUGGGUUUUAUUGCAAUAAAAGAUAUGAGUGUCCAGUUAAAAAAUGAAGUGAGGAAGAUAUGGACAGGGAAGCGUGAAGUUGCCCUGACCUGGACGGGGUUGCCGUCCCCGGGCGAGAGGAACACCAACGGGGCCAGCAGCAGCUGGUUGGACAGGAGCCUCCCUCGCGUUGCUGUGUUGCCCACCACCACCACGUGGCGGCCCCGGGCCACCACCCCCGCCCCGAACGCGGUCUCGUUGAGCGCCUCCGCGUAGUGCUGCAGCUUGAGCACGCGUCUGUGCACCUGCGCAGGACACAGCUUGUGUGGGUUGCAAGCGGCACCCGAGCCCCUCCAAAGUCACGAAAUGAA